AUGGAAGAGAGAACAGAGUCUUUGCCAGGCAAAGAGGGGAGCGUGUGGUUGAUGGGAGGUAAUAAAAACGAAAAUACUUGUACUGUACUUCAUGCUCACGGUCGUUCACUUUUCUCUGCUUCGUCUCGCAGGGUGGAGUUGGGUGUUGGCGAUGGGACAGGGGUUCAGCACACCAAACCUGGUCUAGGCGACGCACGAGUCUCUAGGAUUCAGACGGGGACGGGGCACGACGGGCUGGGCGGCCAUCGAAGACCACCGGUGACGGCUCACCGGGGCAUCGAGGAGAGUCGGCAUCAACUACCGCAACCCUCUGGCAACAUUUUGAUAUCAAAAAAUCGAAGUCAAAAUACUAUUUCACCCAUCCGCAAUACCGCACCGUUCGCUGGCGCGGUGCAUCUCUUUCUCCGUCUCGUACGACUUCUUCCUCUGUCGCCACCAACAGAUGCUGCCGCUGCGGAACCAUCUGCGAACGACGUGACAGAGAAUUCCGAAUGGAGAAUUGCUCCUGUGCAGGUUUAUUGCUUGGGAUGCACCAGCUGGAGAGCGGAUCGAAGUAGGCGCGUUUGCGCCAUUGCGAUUCGACCAAGCGCAUCGAGGAUACCCGUAUCUUUGGGCAAUACGAGAAGAUACAUGGCACCGGCCAUGGCCAAGGCGACGCGGACCAACAUCGAGAAAGGCCUCAGAACCAUCGAUGCUCUGUACCCCAGAGAUCAGACAUCGAGCAGCGCCAUCGUGGAUGCGACGUAUAUUGACAUACGGCGAGAUGGACGCCACGAGGCGAAAGAGUUGGGAAGCAACAACCACUCAUCGCCCUGA